AUGUUUUGUUACCUUUAGCACGCUAAUGAGCUUGAAUGAAGCGUUUGUUAUCCAGAUCUGGUUUAAAAUAACCCAUAGGUUUUACUAAAGUAACCAUAGUUUAACUUGGGUAUUUGUAAUAAAACCACAUUAGGCUAAACGCAGAUUUAACAUUGUUUUACUUACUAUAAUUACAGCAAAACUUACAAUGGUAAAUUUGUGCAUAGCCUAAAAUAAAAUUGUCCAGCAUAUAAACAUAUAACUUUUGUAGUAUGCUGGAAAUGUUGGAAGGAUGCCUAAAAUUGAUUAACUGUCGUAUUUAAGUUAUAGUGUUAAGUUUAUUAAAUGCAGCUUAAUUGAAGUGAUAGAUUUGAGAUAUUCCUAUGAAGAAUAUAUUCCUAUUCAACAAUUAGCCUAAACAUAUGUUGAUCAUGAAAGCGCAGGUGGAUGUGGUCUGCUGUAAAUCAGUAGGAACUGAUCUGUCCAUGCUGGAUAUUGAGGAUUUCAUCACAGAAAUCUGUCAGCUGAAGAAAGAGGUGGCUUCACUGGAGGCAAAUCUGAGAGAAAGAGGAGACAAACUGAACAGAGAGGAUGUGGAGCAGGUUUGGGUGCGUGAGACUGAUGGGACAGAAGCUCAGGAUUCAGUCUGGAGCGUCAGAGAUCAGAGAUCCAGAGACACACAGGACUCAGAGCUCAGCCUCACUUUACUCUGUUAUACUGACGCUCAGGAUCAUGAAUCCACUGAUCAAACCUCUGACUGUAACGCUGGAGAACAGCAGAUGCUGCAGACGCCGCUGAAGAUGUGCUCCGUCAAACUGGUGGACUGCAGGAACCUGAUCGAGAGCAGAGGAGAAGAAACCACUGCAGAGAAACAACAACAACACACUGAUGAGGAAGAGGAGGAGGAAAAUAAUGGGGAGGAUGAUGAAGAUUUCAUUCCUCCAGAUGAUAAAGGCUGUUCAUCUUCUGAUGGAGAGACAGACUUAACAUCAAAAGAGCAGCUGACGGUCAAGAGUUUCUCCUGCAGCACCUGUGGAAAAACACUGAGUUCAGAGGGUCAUUUAAAGAGACACGAGAGAAAACACACAGAACAGAAAAGCUUUAGAUGUAGGAGAUGCAACAUCAGCUUUCCUACAGCAGAAGAGAAGAGACUUCAUUCAAAAGAGCACAACGGGAAGAAGGAGUUUCACUGUGAACAGUGCGGGGAGAUUUUUUUCAUUCAUUCUAGUUUAAAACUUCACUUAAAGACUCACGGUGAAAAGUCUUUCCACUGCAGUGAAUGUGACAAGUAUUUCAGCACCAAAGGAAAUCUUGAUAUUCAUAAGCGAAUCCACACGGGAGAAAGACCAUACAAGUGUCCUCACUGCGAGAGAAGAUUCAAUCACGGACCACAUCUUAAGACACAUGUGCGUGUUCACACUAAUGAGAGACCGUAUCAGUGCAGUGAAUGUGGGAAAGCCUUCACAGACUCAGGCUCUCUAAAGUCACACCAGAAAAUCCAUUCAGAUGAGAAACUGCUUCAGUGCAAACACUGCGACAAACAAUUCCGUCAUAUUAAUAGUUUGAACAUUCACGAGAGGACACACACUGGAGAGAAACCAUAUCUGUGCUCCUACUGCGGGAAGAGCUUUUCAAAUUCAUCUAGUUUUUUAUUUCAUAAGCGAGUCCACACCGGAGAAAAACCAUAUCACUGCAGCAUCUGUGGGAAGAGUUUCGGUAAACAUGGCACAUUUCGAAACCACAAGAGGAUUCAUACUGGAGAAAGACCGUUCAAAUGCUCACAGUGUGAAAAGACGUUUGCUCGAUCAGACGUCCUUAAGGUCCAUCAGCGAGUUCAUACAGGAGAGAAACCUUACUCCUGCUCCAUCUGCGGCGAGAGAUUCGCUUAUUUAGGUAGUUUUCAGACCCACCAGAACAAACACGCUAAAGAACAAACUGCUCCAGAAUCAUCAGAGUGACUUUCAUCAGUCAAUCUGGGAAAUAAAUCUUGUUUGGCUCGUCCUGAAAGAGUUCAUUGAGUUCUGAGUGAACUUUUUUAAUGCUGUGGAUUGAUCCAAGUUCUGUAUAUAAUGUCAUGUUUGACAGAGUAAAGCAAUGAUUUGAUGUUAAACAAGACAGAACUAUUAAAAAUACUAAAAAUAAAAUACUACAAUAAUAUGAUCGCCUAGGUUUCAUAAUGCAUGUUUUAUGUGUUGAAAUGCAUGAAGGAGAGUCUGGCAAAUACACUCUGCUUUUUCAUUGCUAGACCGGUUUAUUUUAAUCAAGAGAGAGCCAUGGCUUAACUAUCCAUUUCAUCACUGUUCUUCAAGAGUAUUUAUGCUGCUGUGUAAGGUAAGAGAUUUACUUGGUAGAAACUAAUCAUCUGGGAGGAAAAGUUUGUUGGUGCAAGGACUGGAGUUGAAAAUAUCUGCCAAAGACUGAGCUAUACACAGACAGUAACCACUGAUGGCAGAUGGACUGUUCUGACGAUGUCUUUCAUAC